AUGCGCAAUAACGCCGGGCCAUCUGCUUUCCUGCCUCCGCAAAUAUGCUCAACCCAAAAGCAAUCCCAAAGCGAAGACCGAUUCCGCUUCACUCCCGUCAAACGCGCCAGCACCCUCCCCCGCCUCUGGGAUCGCAAGCCCUCCACUUCCUUCCUGAGCCAACAAUCUCGCCCCCGCAAAGUCUGGAAGCGCUUCCGCACAUCUUUCAAUAGCAUGAAGUCGCUUCAGCAGAUGCCUGGCGCGGACAGGCCGCUCGAGGAGACUCUGUUGGAUACGGAGAUUAAUGUCUCACGAGGUGCGAGCGUGCUGAGGGGUGUUAAGCGGAGGUGCUUGGGAGUUGAUGCUGGAGAGAUGGAAGGGAGGGGACGAUCGUUUUUGGAAACCAAGUGGGAGGGCGAGGUUCGGAGGAGACGCAAACUCCCUACGUCCUACACCCCUCCACUGGUGGAUGGAUCGCAGCCCGAAAGUGACCGCGAGACUGGGCAGGAAUCCUCCACGUCAGACAUCGAAGCGGACUUAACGCAGGAUCCCAUCGAGAUGGACGAAUCCGUGGACAUCGAACCAAAUUCUCCGAUUGCUUUUAAUCAGGAUACGGCCUAUCCUGAAAUGCUACAUGGAACGUCGAGUUGUCAAGAAGUUGAAAGUGAAGAAAGCGACAUUGACGUACAACCCCGCGAUGGUCAGUCAACCUUGAAUACCGCCAGGGAAGUCAGCAAAGAAAUCAGCAAAGGUAGCGAAACUACAAUGGAUCAGUCUGAACCAGAGAAAGAGACUGCGCCUGCCCAAGAAAUCACAAGUGCCCAACAAGAAUCAACUCUUGUACGGUCGGCACUUCGAAGCUCACUGGAUGGGGAGGAUGCUGAAUUGCUCAACAACUUCCUAACAAAGGCCAGAGCGAAACGGGCCGCCAAAGCAGCGAUGCAAGAGAACGUCGUGGAAGAGGUUACCAAAGAAGAACAGAUCCCCGACAUGCCAACGCCACGAUCCCGUCGAGCUCUGGAAGAGCUGGACACCAAUUCCCCAAGCCCGUCCCCGCAGAAAGUCCGCCUGCCAUCGCCCAAGAAGCCUGAAAAUCCUCCCGCAAGCCCGAUUCGCAAGGAGAUUGCCAACAACCACGAGGAACAGACUGGCGAUGAGAAACAGCAAUCAAGCCCGGUCACCCGUCGAAGUACGAGAGUUCGUGUACCGCCACGGACGACUACCACCGCCAUUCGCAACACUUUGUCGCUCCGUCGCGCCAAGGGGACAGAGUUCGUCUUCCUUCAGAAGACGGAGGCCCAGGAACUUGCUCUAGCGACACGCAAAAACACGCGACAAAACAAGGGUAGCGCGGUGUUUCCCAAAUACGUACUCAAGAAUCUGGCGCAGAAGCAAUCAAAAGAAGAGUCUCCCAAGCCUGUGCCUAGUGCCAACAAGAAAGGGAAUCGAGUAUGCUGGAAUGACGCACGUCUGGUGGAAUUUGAAGAUGGGGAAGAGCCACAAGCUGCUCCUGCCGAGCGGGAACCCAGUCAUGAGCCCUCCGAUGUUGACAGCACACAACCGACCAAGAAGGGCAGCGAGAAGCGGAAGAUGACUGGUGGUAGCAGUGGCCGUACUCGAUCCCAGCGUGCGCAGAAGGGUAACGAAACCGCACCUUCUACUGGCACCCUGGCUCCACCAAAGACUACUGCAACACCCCCAGCUGGACGUGUGCGAAAACUUGGAGGCUCUGCCACUCCUACAAAGCCUAAACCUGCGUCGUCGCCAGCGAAUUCGUCAUCCAAGAGUACCACCGACACUCCCGCCGGGAAGCGCAAGAAGUUGACUCCCAAAUCGCCCAGCUUGUUAUCGCCAGCCAAGAACACCAGCAGCGCCCCCACAACAACGACGCCUGCCAGCAAAGUGCCGAAACCGACUAGCCGGGCAUCAACAACGUCCGCAGCGAAGAGCAAGAGCAUCUUCAAGGCGAACGCUGGGUCGACGCCAAUGCCGAAGCGUGUUCGGGCUCGGGCUUAG